AUGUCGUCCAUGCGAAAUGCCGUUCAACGGCGCAACCACAAGGAGCGCGCGCAACCCGAAGAGCGCGCAAAAUGGGGUCUCCUGGAGAAACGCAAGGACUACAAGCUGCGCGCGCACGACCACAAGCAGAAGCAGGCCAAACUCAAGAUCCUGAAGCAGAAGGCCCAGGAUCGCAAUCCCGAUGAGUUCUCCUUCAAGAUGAUGUCGUCCAAGGUGGACAAGUCGGGAAAGAGGGUGGCGGACCGAGGCAACAAGGCGCUCAGCAUGGAGGUGGUCAAGCUGUUGAAGACACAGGACGCGGGAUACAUUCGCACUAUGCUGCAGCAGACGCGCAAAGAGAGGGAGGAGGUAGAGCAGAGGCUGAUAAUGGAGGAGCAGGGCGAGGUGCGUGCUGUGAGGGAUGCGGCGAGGACGAAGCAGGGCAAGCACAGAGUCUUUGUGGACAAUGAGGAAGAACAAGAGGAGUUUGAACCAGACACUUGGUUCGGACGCGGCGAGGACAUUCCUGCGCGCAAGGAGUCGCCUACCUUUGGAGACCUACAAGACGAGCUUUCGGAAGACGACGAAACGCCUAUCCAGCGGCCGAACACAUUAUCGAAGAAGCAGAUAGAGGCACAAGAGCAAGCACGGAGAGAAGCGAGAAAGUUCCGCAAGGAGAGAGAGCGAGCACAAGAGCGCCACGUAACAAGACUACGCGCCCUCAAGAAGCGGGAGAGCGAACUCAUGGCCGCGGAAGAAGAACUCGAACUCCAGCGCGCAAAGAUGAACAACACCGUCGGCGGAGUCAACAAGAACGGCGUAAAGUUCAAGAUCAGGGAGCGCAAGCGCUGA